AAUACAAAUUGUUCAAUUUGUGUUGCUGCUCCGUUGCUACAAAAAUAUGCAAUAUUUAUUUAUACAUAAAUUCGCUUAUUAUCAAGUUUAGAAUUUCGCAAAUUAAACAAAAUAUGAAACUAUAAUUUACAAAGUUUGUAGUUCAAUAAAUAUACAAAAUAGUUUUUUUUUGGAGUUUGUUAGUUGACAUUUUUGCUGUGCUUUUGGAAACAGGAUGUUGCCCUACCGUGGUAUACCAGCUGGCUACGAGGACGAUGAGGACAAUUUGGAUUUUAUGACGUAUUCAACACAGAAUUUAAAAAUUACUGUGGUACCUGAUAUAACCACAGCAGCUGGUUUGAAUGGCCAAAAUUUUGAUUGUAAAUUAAGUCCUGAGAUGGAGCAAUGGUUUGAAGAGUUUCGGGAGACGUACAGUAAAUGUAAACGGACUCCCGCUACACAACACCAAUUAAAACUGGUCCUCUCCAGAGAUCCCCAACCUCUGCUGCAGGCAUUAAAACUGUUUGCCUCAAGUCCUGGUUGUAAUUAUUUAAAAAAUAAAAAUAUGGCUCUAUUUAUACUUGAAACUGUUUGUGAACUUUAUAAGCAGCAUCCAACUAUAGAAGCAUCUUGUGAUGACAAUACACGUAUGGUGGCUUUUAAUUUUGUUAAAACGUGUGGCAUAGUGCCACUCUACAAGGCUGUGACAGAAACGUAUCAAUUACAAAAAAUCCAACAACAUUUAAUACCGAAAUUACAAACCCUACAAUCGGAAGGAUUUUACAAAGAUGCUGCUUAUUGGUCGAUAUUUUUAAAUGUUACCCACAUUUUUGGUUUAUUUGAUCUCAUAUUGCCCUUAAUAUUACAAGAUAAAAUUUCACUAGCUGAGGAGUUUUUAAGAGUGGCCCACGAGCAACAGUUACCUACAGUAACAUUUUUGGAUGCUUUGUUAGAUCGCAAAAAGACUGUGUAUGAAAAUUGUGAUGAAGUAUUAAGCAAAUACAAAUAUUCUGAAGUUAAACAUAAUAUACUUAGUUACCGUCCUAUGUCCAAGUUGGUUACACGUUUAGCUAAAAAAUACAAUAUCGAUUUUCAAUAUACACCCAAUCUAAAGUAUUCGAAAUCAUGUUCGUAUCUGCACUAUCUGUUUCACAAAUAUCAAGAUGGUGGCAUGAGUUUUGAUUCAUGGCGUGAGCUGGCCCGUGAGGAGGCCAACAAAAGUAAAGCUAUACAAUUGGAUCUUAUAGCAAAGAUAGCAAGUUCGGGCGAUUUGGAUGAGGCAGCAUAUUGGGCACAAUUAUAUAAAAUUCCCUUGGAGGAAUGUCCCUUAGCACUACAAAUGAAACUGGAGAAUCUGGAUGGUACUACAAAGAAACAUCAACAGAAAUCUAAUUCAAGCAGCAGUUCAAAUGAAUCUUGGGACAAGGGCGCCACGCCCACACCCACACACAAAAAACACAAACAUUCAUCGUAUUUGAAAAAAGAUGAAUACUUGUCCCUGAAAUUACCCGCUGAAUCUAUAGUGCUGGUGGAUAGCAAACCAAAGUUCCUAGAUAUGUUGUCAUAUUUAGAACAACAUUUACUCAUUGGUUUCGAUUCGGAGUGGAAACCUUCCGUUUCCAAUGACAAUCGUGUCUCACUUAUACAACUGGCCACCAUUGAACGUGUAUAUUUAGUGGAUUGCCUGUCGCCCAAUCUAGACGAACCUUUGUGGAAAUUAAUGGGUCGCAAGAUUUUCAACAAUUUGGAGAUUUUAAAAUUAGGUUUCUCUCUUCACUACGAUCUACAAAUGUUGCAUAAAUCAUUGCCUUUACAGUUGAAUCUCCAGGCUACAUCCUGUUAUUUGGAUUUGCGUGAGUUGUGGCGCCGCCUGAAAUACAUGCAAAUCUCACUCUUUCCCCAUGAACAAAUCUCGGUGGCGGGCGAAAGUCUUUGCGCCUUGACGGAAAUCUGUUUGGGCAAAAAGUUAGAUAAAUCAAAUCAAUGCUCAAAUUGGGCCAAUCGUCCUCUGCGACACGAUCAAAUUGUGUAUGCGGCACUCGAUGCUCAUUGUUUGUUACAAAUUUAUCAAGUUCUAACGGAACUUUUAUUGCGCAUUGGCAUUAAUAUCGAUGCUGUGGUAGAGGAUAUUACCACCUCCAAAUCGGGUUAUUUGUUUCGCAUGAAAUCAAAAACUAGUUCUGGCAACUAUUCGGCAUCAAAUAACAGAAGUUGGCAGCAAAAUGGCAAUGAAAUGGAGAGAAAUAAAACGUGGGCUGCUGUUGGAAAAUCAUCCAAUAUAAAAUUUCUUUGUGAUUCAAUGCUAAUCAGUCUGUCCAAAGAAUUGCGCAAGUUAGGACUCGAUUGUGUGGAAAUGCAUAAUAAUGUAGACAUUAACAGUUAUAUCGAUAUGGCGCGCACUGAACAACGCUAUGUACUCACAAGAGAUUCACGUUUUGUAACAUUUUCAAACGAAUUGCCACAAAAACAAUGUUUACAAAUACCCUCGGAUUCAGUAGAGACUCAAGUACUUAAUAUCUUACAAUACUUUCAACUACAAAUCGAUCGGCGUUCUCUCUUCUCUCGCUGCAUACAAUGUAAUGGCAAUGAUUUUCUGUUGGCCAAUCGUCAUGAAAUGCAAAUAAUGCGUUUCUCACAAAUGCGUCACAAUGACGCCGAUGCGCCAUUGCCACCAUAUGAGGGCCCCGAGAAAACGUGGAAACUGCAGAGGAUAAAUGAGCAUAUCAUUGAAACGAAAACAACUUUACGUGGCAAAUAUAUAAAAUAUAAUCGUAUAAACCCGUAUGUUUUAAACAAUCAAAAUUAUUUCUUCAUAUGUGAUAAUUGUGGUCUAUGUACUUGGCCUGAUGCCAUACAUUUGCAUCAAACUGUCUUGGAAUAUUUGUACCCCAGCUCUGCAUCUGGCUAUGCAACUAGUUACAAUACAAAUGUUUCCCAGUGAUAAACAUUAUUUAGAUGUUCUACAUAUAGUAAUUGUUUUGCUAUAAUUUCCAUGAAUUUAUUGUAGAGAUUUAAUAAUAAUUUUUUUUUGUUCUUCUGAAAUGAAAUCAAACUGCAUUGUGUGAUUAUUUUUUUUUUUAAUUUGUUUAUAAUUUCUAUACCUGAACAUUUUUUUCUUAUUUUCUUCCUAACUAUAAAAUAAUAUAUUAUAUUUGAAUAAAGCUGAAUUGUUAUUUGUAUAAUGGAUAAAA